AAAAUUCGUAUUUGGUGGCUUCUUUACUUUGAAUUCGCCUCCUUGUUCAAGCCUGAAGCCAAGUGGUCUUCAUCUUUCCUUUCAUACCGUCGCCGACAUUUUCACCGGUUCUCUGCUCUUUGAUUCUUCCUCUGUAAAAUCCAUUAAAAGGAUGAGUGAUCAAACAGCACAAAACGGCUUGAUUCCUUCACCCACUUCAGAGCCAAGCAAGGCUGCUGCCUCGGCAGAGACGAAACCAAAGAAGAGGAUAUGUUGUGCUUGCCCUGAUACGAAGAAGCUGAGAGAUGAGUGCAUUGUCGAGCAUGGUGAAUCGGCUUGCACUAAAUGGAUCGAGGCUCAUAAAAUGUGUCUCCGAGCAGAAGGUUUCAAUGUCUGAUACUUUUUUUUUUUCUCUUCUUAAUACGUAAUUUGAUGGUGGAUCAAAAGGAAUGAGCAACAUAGAUUGUUCAUCACCCGGGAUGGGUUUAGGGUAUAAAAACAGGAGAUUAAUUCUUCAUGAGAUUAUGUAUGCAUUUGGAUACAAAAUCGCAUUUUGUUGUGAUUGAAAAUAAAAAGAAACCAUCUUUUCAAUUA